UAAGCUCGAACAGCUGUCAGAAGUAAAAAUGGCGUUGUCUUGAACGGUUCGGACGAAUUUCCAUGCACCGCGCAAAAAUUUUAUUAAAAAUGCAAUUUGCAUUUCAAACGGGCUACUGACAAUAAUAUAAAAGAAAACUGCAAACAAAAUGUGCGCGCAGCUCUGACACAACAAUUUGACAAGCAAAAAUUAACAUCAAAAUGAGGCAACAGUCAGCUGAACGAUGAGGAAAUCGAGUCCACAUGCGCGUUAUAAAUAUUAAUGAAGAAACCAAAACGAAACACAACGAGAAUUCAAUUGAGCGAAGCAGCAGCAAAUAUUAUGCCAAACACAAGAAUCGACAACAACAAUAAAAGGCACUUAAAAAUAUAUUUUUUGGAUGAACCGAGUCAAAUGUAAAGCAGAUGUGUGUGCGUUCGUGUCUGUGGCAUAAAGUUGUGGCUUCCACUUUAAUUCGACUUGUUGUUGUUUGAUUUUCUGUUCUGUUUCUGGAAGCGAACGAAUCAAAUUGAAUUGUGCCACAAUCCACAUCUUUAUACGAAAACCGAACCGAAGCGAAUCAAAUCGAACUGAACCUGAACCGAAAGAUAUAAUACAAGACCAGUAGCAUUCCAAGUCGUAGCAUUUAACUAAGAAGAAAUAUAAUAAAAGACAAGAUUCGUGCAAUCUAUGCAUGAUAUAUACAAAUCCAUUCAGCUUGGAGUAAGAGAACCAGGAGCCAGGACAGCGGCAGCUGUUGGUGACAUAUCCGUGUUGCGGUAACCAAAAUUCUCGUGUACAAAAUGUCACUGGCCGACAUGGGCACAGUAACACGCUCUGCGGGCGGCGGCGCUGGUGGCGGUGGUUCGCGUCACUAUGAUCUGAGCGGAGCGGGCGGCGGCGGCGGUGGUAACGGCAGCGGACCUGGUGUUGUUGCCGGCGGUCGCAUGACCCACUCGCUGAGCACGCCCAGCGGCGUCGAUGGCACGCCCUCAACGCCCAGGCAUCGCGGCGGCAAGAAGCUGACGGUGCGCAUACAAAUGCUGGAUGAUUCGGUUACCAUGUUUCAAGUUCAGGCCAAGGCCUUGGGUCGCGUGCUAUUUGAGCAGGUCUGUCGCCAGCUAAAUUUACUGGAAGCGGACUAUUUUGGUCUGGAGUAUCAGGAAAUAUCCACACAUACCAAAUACUGGCUCGAUCUGGAGAAGCCCAUGAAUCGUCAGGUGGGCCUCUCUCUUAUCGAUCCGGUGCUGCGAUUCUGUAUCAAGUUCUACACACCAGAUCCAGCACAGUUGGAAGAGGAGUACACCAGAUAUCUAUUCUGUUUACAAAUAAAACGAGAUCUGGCCACGGGCAGUCUGCAGUGCAAUGACAAUACAGCGGCCCUCAUGGCCAGCUACAUAGUGCAGGCAUCGUGUGGCGACUAUGUGCCCGAGGAUUAUCCAGAUCAUACGUACUUGUCAUCCUAUCGCUUUGUGCCGCACCAGGAUGCGACCAUGCAGCGCAAAAUUAUGGAGAAUCACAAGAAGCAUUUUGGCCAAUCGCCUGCAGAGGCUGACCUCAAUCUGCUGGAGACAGCGCGUCGUUGUGAGCUUUAUGGCAUGAAAAUGCAUCCCGCGAAGGAUGUAGAAGGCGUGCCUCUGAAUCUGGCCGUGGCGCAUAUGGGCAUUACCGUGUUUCAGAACAUAACACGCAUUAAUACCUUCUCCUGGGCCAAGAUACGGAAGAUAUCAUUCAAACGCAAACGUUUUCUGGUCAAGCUGCAUCCCGAGGGCUACGGCUACUAUAAAGAUACCGUUGAGUUCUUCUUCGAGGGUCGCAAUGAGUGCAAGAAUUUUUGGAAGAAGUGCGUCGAAAAUCAUGGAUUCUUCCGAUGCACGACCGUGCAGAGCACGCCCAGGCGCAAAACUCGCGUGCUCUCACGGGGCAGUUCUUUUCGCUACAGCGGUAAAACGCAAAAGCAAAUUAUUGAAUUUGUGCGCGAGAACUAUGUAAAACGUCAAAACUUCCAAAGGUCUCAGUCGUUCCGGCAAGGGCCACUGAAUGCUAGUAGCCGAAGUCAGUCGCAUACGUAUGUGAAUUCCAGCAUUUCAGCCAAUCCCCUACUCCCAAUUGACACUGCGGCAUGGGAUUAUCGCAAUCAAUGCAACGACUCGAUGACCCCUUCUCUGACGAAGAAGGCAGCGGAUACCUUGGAUCGCCGACGCGACAAUCCUACAGACCACAUGCGUUCUCAAGUCACAGCAGCCCAGGUGGAGAUCUAUCAGACGAAGAACUAUGCAGCGGAAUCGCCAACCUCAGCGGAGGAAGCGGCAUGCUCGGGGGAACGUCAACACCACUCGGCAGCGGCUACGGACCAAAUGAAUUCGAGCCGCUCGCUUUCACCACAGGCUCCGCAAUCGUGGACUUCACCCAGCCACAGCAGCAGCCAGCCACUGCGCGCUCCCGAUCUGGGUCGUGCGCAUCAAGGCGAUCACAAUUUAGGUCUGAGCCACUUGUCCCACUUGUACAGCAGCAGCACGCCUCGUCGAGUCUCAGUGGGAUCCCAAGCGUAUGCCCCUGCUUCGCCGCAGCUCAUCAGCAUCAACACCAACAACAGCAACACGCACAACAACAACACUAUCAACAGCAGCAACACAGUGGGUCAUUCGGUGGAUCUCAGCAGCUCAAUGGAAUUGGAGGAGCAGGAGGAGGAGCUCCUGGGACCUGUGGAUUUGGAGGAGGAGGAGGAGGAGCCUAUGGGGGAGGAGGAGGAGGAGGAAUUAGUCGAGGAGGAAGCGGAUUCGGACUUGACAGCAUCUACCAUCAAUCGGGAGACUAUGGCGGCAGCCUCACCGGUCUCAGCCAUGGCCAUGGCCAAUGCCCGUCGUCAGCCGCUUCGCUCACAGGAGUCCCAAUCUCAAACUGUCACCCCAGUCCAUUAUAGCAGUACCAAUUAUUCGAUGUCUAAACAGUGCAUGCUUAACAAUGCCAAUGCCAACUCAACCGAAACGGAGACCGACAACAUCAUAUACACUGACAUCAACGAUAUGGGCCAAUAUAAAUACCCUGACUUUCAUAACGCCCAUCUGGAGCACAAGAUUUCCAACAGCGAGCAUCUCAAUUUGAAUGAUCGCAAUGAUAUAUAUGCGACGGUUAAUCGGAAAGCCAAAUCCAAGACACGCGAGAAGCAUUUCAGCGAUGAGUUUAUCGAUCAGUCCAUAUUACAGUACACCCGGGCCAAGCAGCUGGGCGCCCAGCAGGUGGCCAUGCCCCUGCUGCAGCAGCCCAGCACAUCGGCCUACGCUGCUGCCCAGGAACGUAAUUAUAAUAGCUUGAACUAUCAAUAUCACAACGAUUUAAAUCAUCCCUCAGAAUCGUCUUCCUCGUCCUACUUUGGGACAGGCUUUGGCACAAAGCGCUAUGCCCAAAAUGAACGCGUAAAGCUCGCACAAUCCGAAAACUAUUUAACACCCUCUAUGGACUCUCAGAGCUCGAGACACACUCAUUCAUUGCCGCGCAACUCGGAGCUAUCCGGCGUGGAUUCGGUAGAUUCAUACGAUAGUCACUACAUAACACAUCAUCCAAGACGCAGUUCCUCAGAAAAACUCGAGUAUCAGAUGUCUUCGAGCAAUCUUUAUUCCACAGCGCAGUUUGUCAAGCCCGAACAGGCGGCUGUCCACUAUAUGGACGAUGAGGAGGAUCAGGAUGAUGAUCCGGAUGGUGAGAACAUCUACGAUCAGGUCGAGCGUGAGUCCUGGCUCAAGAGUAGCUCCUGCAAGGAUCUUUUUGAGCGCUACAGCAGCACCUACUAUGCACGAGAACAGCCGAAACCCAUGACAGCGUUUGACAAGGAAUUUCUCUCCUCGAAUCGUAUUGAUUCGCCCGUUACGCGCUAUGAUGAUUCCAGGCACUCCUUAUACAUUACCAAGAAUCACUCGAUAGAUGCACAUCAGGACUUUUCACCGCUACCUCAGAGUAAGGUGUAUUCGUCCAGCUAUCCAGGCAGCACCUACAACACCCAGGAACACAAACGCAACUAUGGGCACCAGCUGGACUACACAGGCUCACAAGAUGAUAUAUCACAGGAUAGCUAUGAGCUGCUAGAGAAAUAUGACAUUGAUUUCUUUAGCGGACGUCGCCGUUCCGAGGAUCAUAUGCGCUCCUGUUCGCUGGACUCUGGCAACUAUAUACCCAGCGAUGAUGAGUCCGUUUCUGAGCAACCCAAAUAUCGCUCGGCUAUUGAUGUUAAAUCCAAAUCAGCUGCUGAUAUUAUGAAUGAGAUUUGGGAUGCUGAAGAUCCGCGCUAUUUGCCCCGUGAAAAGCUCUCUGUCAAGUCAGAUGGCAACUUCUAUAAAAAAAUUCAGGAGGCACUUACGCGAGCCUCCAGUCAGGAGAGUCAAAGCGAAAUGUUUGAGACAAAAAUCUCUCGGAGCUCCGACUCGAGCAAAAAAUCUCGAGACAGUCUCUAUCAUACGGACAGCAAAAAGUCGCGAGAGACGACCAAGAGUAAGACAUCCGUAGCUUCAAGUCAGGAUUCCAAGGAAUCACUAGUGGGCGAUUGCUUCGGACGAAACUACGAAAUGCCCACAACCACCUGCAAGAAGGUCAAGCAAUUUAACAAAAAGGAGCUCUACGAAAAGUUUGCACAGUCAAGUCAGGAGUCAAAAAGUGACUACUACGAUGCUGUAGAACCUGUCGCAGAGGCAGAAGGUCUUUAUACGCGACCCAAGGUUAAGAGUCACGAUUGUCUGCUCUCCGACACGCACAGUUCCACGGCCAAUAGUUCGUUCUAUGACAGCCGCGAUACAUAUUCGACAUUCCCUAGCAACAAGACGCACAAGACCUCCAAAGUGCACUCGAUUAGUUUGCAAAAUGUAGAAAUUGAACGCAAUGCCAAGUCCUUUGGAAAUAAAUCUCCCGAAUCUGUGUCCACGCCUGCCUCUGGCAUGCGCUGCCAUGAGAAGGAUAUACAAACCAGUGACUCAAUCGAUCAAACAGCGCCCUUCAAAAAGGGAAACUCGCAGUCCUGUAAAAUCUCCGCUUUCCGUCGACGAUCAGAUAGCGAGAACAUUUUUAGCUUUGAUCAAGACCGAAUAGAAUGUAUACAAAAGUACACCAAGCACUGGGAGGGACAGCCCAAGGAUGAAAAGUCCAAGCAAAGUCCAGAAUAUCCACUUACACCCGAGCUAAUCUCUGAGUUUGAGAAACAGCAGGCGCGAGUUGCCCAUCAGAAAAUCACGCGGAAGGAGGAGCUCAUGGCCAAGACACACUUUGAGGAAUACAAUCCGAUAUUGGUGCCUCUGAACUAUGCUCAUGCCACGGUGGAGCGUACUAAAAGCGAUCCGAAUUCCUUGGCUAAUCGUGCACGCCUAGGCAGCAAUUCUCGACGUCAUGUCCUGAUGCAUCAGAAGUCAAUUGACUUAACGCCAGCCGAUUCCAGUGAUGAGGAUUAUAUCUAUAAGCAAAUACCUAGCGCUCCACCGUUGUGCAAGGCGCAUGGCAACUUUGAAAUACCCAAAUGCUAUGAUGGACCGCCAGCCCCUCAAGUGGAUAUACCCAAGAGAGGCUUUGAGCUCCCCAAGAGCUUCUUCCGCGACUACGAACGUCGUUUUACUAAGAUUCUAAAAGAAGAUAUACCCUAUGUACUCCAUAAAAGGCAUAUUAUGAACGGCACUGCGCCUUCGCCAGGCGACAAAAAGCAUAGUAAGCCCAAAUCGCCAAAGUCACCAAAAUCGCCAAAGUCUCCCAAAUCACCAAAGUCGCCCAAGUCCCCUAAAGUGAACGUUGUGCCUGUGCCCGGUCCAGCGGAUUUCUUGCCAGAUAUACUAGAUAGUCUGCUGCCAGCAGAAACUAAAGAGUUUCUAUUUACCCAAAACAUUGAUCUAUCCAAAGUAGAUCCCAUAACACUCGAAAUCGACAAGACCAUACCAAUUAUACAGCUUUCCUCGCCCAAGCGGGACAUAACCAAGCAAAUGGAUGCUUCAACGCUGGAGAAACUAAAUAAGAAGCUUAGUCAAAUUGAAAGCGAUUCGGCAACCAGUUCCAGAACCGAAAGCAUGCAACAGCAGAAGCUAGAGCAGAAGCAAAUGGAGCUUAUACAGAGUCUGCGGAAGGAACUACAGGCGAAUGCGCGCAAGGCAAACAAGCCGAGGGUUAUACCCAAGACAAAGCCAUCGGGCAAGUCCAAAAAGGGUAAGACACGCAUUACCUCCUUCUCAUCGGAUGAUGAGAGCCUGGACUCGGACGAUGUCUUUGGUUCGGCGGAGGCCAUACCGGAUCGCCUGGAGUUCUCGCCGCCGCAGUCACGGAAAGAAAUUGAGCCUAUUUUGCGUAUAGAGCAAAGUCGUCUCAUCUCUGCCGCUUGGGGCAGGGGUCAGACAAUGAGUUCCACGGAAAUCGAGGGGUCACCGCCACAGUGUCGCCGUCUGGCCGAUCUCGAGAGUCGCUAUCAUACACAAAAGCUUGAUCCACAGUAUGCAAAUGCCACGGAACUGCGUCGCAUAUCAGAGCGUUCCAUAUCAAUACCAUCUUCAGAGGAUGAGCCUCAUUUGCCUAUGCGACGCAUGGACGAAUGCACUAAUGAUUAUCAGCGCAAUGAGAACAUACCCUCACCCAUAUUUGAGUAUGCGGAAUUCUUUCGCAGCAAUGAUGACAUCUACGAGACGUGCCAUGAGGAGAAGAUAACCGGUUCUGAUAUUGAUUAUACUCUGAAGAAACAAACAGCCAAAUCGAAAGUCAAGUUAAUUGAGGAAAUAAUUGACUCUUCAAUAGUAAUGCGCUCCAAGGGUCAUGCACCUAUAUUAUUCGCUCAUGCCAGACUAAAUCUUUCGGAGGGUUCAGUUUCCCUACAACGUCAGCAGGCCACACAGCAGUCGCCGACUACAGAGCGUCGCACUAAGAGCCUGGACACGCCAGUCAUAUCCUUGCAUCGACUGCCGCCUAUGAAUGCUUUUUCAUCCAAGGAUGAUACCGUGGGCUUUGAGGAAGAGGGCGAAAUUUUAGAGGAGAAGUCGUUAGAGCGUACCAAUCAAACAGUACAGCAGGAGGAUGACACAGCAGAUAGCAUACAUUCCUGCGCAGGUUCUAUACCAACACAGAGCAGCUACAACGCCAAUAGUAAAGACUCACUGCUCAGUGCUGUAACCAUUGACAGUGAGGAGGCGCAGCUGCUCAACCAGCUGAAAUACAUAGAACGGAUUGCCUUACAAGGCGUCAAGAUCAAGGACAAACGCAAGUCUAAAAUGAAGCUCAAGAGUGGCGAUCAUUUAAUUCUUAAUAUACCUAAAUACCGAUUCACCGAUUGGUCACCCUACAGCUCAGCCAACAGCUCGCGUAAAACCUCGCCAGGCGUCUCGCGGGCCAGCAGCAUCGAGAGCACCGGUAAGGGAAAGCUAAAGACCUCAGAACCUUUUAAGGGCAAGCAUAUGUCUCGCAGCCGUCCGGAAUCACGACGAACCAGCGCGGAUGAUAUUAAAGCCGGUAAAGAUGGCAGAGGUAGUAAAAAGUCAAGUCCCAAGGAACGUCCACGUUCAAUUGAAAUGCGUCGCCUGAGCAAGGACAAAAGCAAGUCCCAAGAGGAAACGGAGGCGGAUAUAGCCAAGCGUAAAGAGCGCCAGCAGAAACUUUACGAAUCAGCGAUGAAGCAGACUAUAACAAUGCUGAGUCCUGUAAAGGAUACGCUGCCCGCGUUUCCAGCGCCGGAAGAUAAGAUAUUUGUCAAAACCGAUGGUGAUAAGAUAAUCAUUGAAACUGAAUUUAAGUCGAAGGCUGAGGAUCAUGUCCUGAUUGCCAAGGCGCCACGCAAGCUAGACACUUCGAUGGUAAAGUUUAGUCGCAGCUUUGAUGAGGGUCGCAGUCCCGACAAGUUGGACAAGGCCAAUCGCAGUUUCGAGGAUCGUAACAAAUCCUUUGAGGACUCUGAGAAAUCAGAUAUACCAGAAGACAUAAUGAUUAAAUCACCCAAGAAAAUAGCCAAAGCACAGGAAAUCAAACAGAAAAUCGAAGGGAGUGUUGUGCACAAAAAGAUCGAUGGCAAAUCGAGUAGUCUAGAGAAACCAGCCGAGCAUCAUUACUUGGGCACGGAUGUCAAAGCACGCAGCCUGGACGACAAGAAACAGGCAAUGGCAGAGGCAAAGAAGACCGAGGAGAAACAUACAUCUAUUGUGCGUAGCGCCAUUGGAGAUCGUCGCAUGUUUGCGCAUCAGUAUAAUGUCCAUGAGGACAUAGAUAUGCAGGCGGUUAUCUCUGAGCGUCGUUCACUGGAAAUACUUAAGCGUUCGCUGCCCUCGGAGGACACCCGUGACAGUGAAUGCACGCACAGCCGCAAGGCUUCUACAGCCGAUAGUCUUGACUCGUUUGUCUCGGUGGAUGAAAGCCAUUCGCCAAUACCACCGCCAGAGGUUUAUCCACAUCGCGUGCCUACCAUAGAGUGCGAGGAGCCAUCCAUUGAAGAGGAUGACAACUCAUCGGAGCGUCGUCAUCUUAAAGUGGGUCGACACGAUGUUAAUCGUUUGAGCUUAGAUCGCAGUCGCAGCGAUGAGACAGGUUCGUGGAUAACCGUAGAGUGCGAUGAGUUUAUUGGCUCUGAUACCUCAGACAAUGAGCCGCGCACUUUGGAAGCAGAUCGCAAUACUCUGGAGACACAAGCCACAUUGGAGGAUGCCAUACCGUUGGACUAUUCCAAUUGUGUCACGCCCACAUCUGAUUUGAAUAUUCUAGUUACUCCACCCAAUGUCAGUCCUCUGAUUGAAAAGUCCGUGCUGGAGACUUUUGAAAAGUAUACAUCUGAAGGCAAGAAAAAGUACAGCCUUGAUAAGCAGAGCGAUAAAUCGAAAAGUUCGGAUUCUUGGACCAGUGGUGAGAAGGACAGCAGCCCGCAGCGACAGCAGGACUGGAGUUUGUCUGUAAAGGAGAAGAGCUCCAUCGAGGAGGAAUCCAGUGUUAGCUGCUCGAUAGCACGCCCUUUGGGCAUAUCACAAGAUUUUGGUAAUGAGGAUGCCAAGAAAUGCCUGGAACUUAAGCAGCGCAUGCUCCAGCUAGAUGUUGCGCCUAAGGAUGCUGAUGCCACACCCACUGGCUCCAAUGAGCAAACGCCCACCAAUGAACCAAAGAUCAUCAUUAAGAAGCCUUCAACGCCAACACUAGAGAAACAAAGUCCUAUUGAUUUAGGCAACAGCACCGAAACCUACCUAGAUCCCAUUGAAGACCGAAUAGCCAAAAUGCUACACAGAACCGAGGACAGCGAAUCCAGUUCAGGAGGUUCACGCAAGCCGCCCCGAAUCGAGAAACCUGCACGUGCCAAUGCAGGCAAAAAACUGUCGGUAACCAAAGCAGAACCCGGUAAAUCCGGCAGCGAUCGCAGCUCACAGGAAUCCAAAUCAAGCUUCGACUCGAAGGGCUCAUUGAGCGUCGAAUCGCGCGGCUCUUUUGAAACAGAAAGCAGCUCCGGAUCAUUGGGCGCGGCACAGCGUCGUGGGGAGCUGGCACAAAAAGAACAGCAAAGCACCUGGAAAGCUUUUCCCAUCGAGAGCUCCAACAGCUCCAGCACAGAUGAGCCAUGGCAUCAUGUGGAAACCGAUGGCGGUUACGAGCGCUACGAUGCACAGAAUCCGCUGCGCGAUUCCUCGGACAGUGACAUAAAGGAGGUCUCACCGGAUGAGCAAAAGGAUACCAGCGAUACCAGCUAUCAGGAUGAUCUCAAUGACUUUCCCACCACCUUUGGCUAUCCGGCAAUGACCAGUACACUAGGUGGGAUUGGCGUGAACCCCACAGAUAUCAUAGGCUACAGUACGGGCUUUACAUUGGGUCGCACUCUCUCGCGGAUUUCGGAGCGCAGCACAGCCUCUGAAAAGUCCAGUAUGGAAGAUGAUAUAAGCAAGGCUUCCACGCAUUCGGUUAGCAUGCGGGAUGAAUCAGUUGGCUCGACCGAUCAUCAGCCCAGUCUGAGCUCCGAUUCACGCAGUAAUACGAAUCUGGCGUACAUCUCGGACGCGGAUCGUCGCACCUCUGCGGAAAUGCCAGAAAUACCCUGCGAUUCAGCAACUGCGGAUCGCCUAAGCAGCAUUGGCAGCUUCAAUGAACCAAAGUCACCCACGUUGGUGACAGGUCGCUUCUCAGUUACACACGUGGACGAGCAGCAGCCGGAGGAUCUGGAGCGGCACACGCUCAUGUGCCUCUCAAAUGCGGGUAGUCAGGACUCGGAGGAUUGGCCGCUGCCGGAGAUACCCUUUGAUCACGUACCCGUCAAGCCGCCGGAGAACAUUUACGCCAUGCCAGACCUGGACAAGCCAGUGCCCAAGUCCUUCUGCUGGAAGGCUAGUAUGGCAUUCCAGCAAUCUCAAGAUUCAGUGGACUGGCCCUCACCGCCCUCCAGCACCAUCGAUGCGCCCAUUGUGGUGGAGAGCAUUGAAACCUAUUACGCGAGCGAGGUGCAAAAUGCUGACAAUGUGGUAUUGGAGGAGGAAGCGAUCGCUGCGGGUCCUCCCGAUGUGGCCAGGGUGUUGCCUUAUGAGGACACGGCCUAUCUCAUGUCUGCUGCUUUCGAGGACAAUGAUUUUGGCAGCGAGCAUAUACAAUUAGAUACGGUUAGCUGCCUAAGCUCCACACUGAGCGCUGCCUCCUGCUUGUCUUCAUCAUUUAAUGUCAGCUGCAGUACAUCCUCCACCCAGCCAACGGCUAGAGCAGCGGCUGGACUACGCAAGAGCUCCAGUCCUGAGGUAAUUGUAGCGCAGCCCGGACGCUCCCCAGCGCCUCGCAGCCCUCUCUCCGAUGAUGAACUCUUCUCCAACGAUGAUGUCUUUAUGCCAGGCACUAUUAAAGUGCAACUCUCACCAGAUGGACAGCUGCGCAAGCUUUCACGCGGCUCCAACAAUUCGGAUACAUCCAUCGAUGAUAUUCUGUCCGGCAGCACUUACCUGGACGAUCAAACUACUGUGCGUCGCAAUUAUGAGGCACGCUUAAGCAGCGGCGGCGGCAGCUGCAAAAAGUGCAGCCAUUCCAGUCACUCCGAGGAAGAAACCAGCUCCAUUGGCACCGACCUCGAUGGCACUGUGCGCAUGGGCUUGCAGCAAAAGAAAUGCACGCACAGCUCCCACUCGGAGGACACCUCGAUUGGUCUCAGCAUCUCUGAAUGGUCCACGGGCACCAAUACAGUGCGCCAGUAUGCUAAUCUCUCCGGCUCGGACAGUCUCUCGGCGGUGUCCACACAUUCGUGCGCUAAGAGCGAAAAAUCCAAUCACACCAAGUCCAGCAUUAGCUCCAUUAACAAAUCCGCUGAGAGCCUCAACGAGCAGAGUGGCAGCUAUUCACACAAGUUCAGUGGGGAUAACGGCUCCUCGGAUGGAUUGCGGUAUGACAUGUUGUCCAACUCGGAGACGGAUAAGCUAAGUGAGGCUACCUCGGCAACGCGCAGCGAUGAUACGACCUUGACAUUGACUGAAAUGGCGCACACGAUCAGCGAGUGGUCCACAUCGAGCAGUCGGACACUGGUGGGCGUGGUGCCGGGCGAAUAUUUACCACUGAAGCAGCCUAGGGUGGGCAGCAGCAAGCCCAGUUUGAGUUCGCCUAGCGAAGAGAAGCGCUGCUCCCUGCCACAGAUCCACAGACGCAGCGGCAGCAAUGGCAAUCAGGCGCGCAAUGCUCAAGAGCACGCAGAGCAACAGGCCGGAUCAGCGGGGCCAGAGACGAGCGCCGCUGCACGCAAACGCCGCUCGCUGGAGAUGAUGUCGAAGCUGUAUCAGAGCCAGGAGAUAUGCUCCGAGUCGGAGUCUCCUUUUGUGGAGCGUUUGUAUGCGCACAGCGAAAAGCUGACGGAGCGCUAUCAGAGCCAGGAGUUCGUGCCGCUGCACACAGCCACCCCAACCAGCGGCAGCAUCAGCAGUGGCUCCACACAAAUCCAAACCCAGCAAUCGCAACAGAUACGCCAAAAGCCACGCGCACCACAGCCGCCCACAAAGCCGAAGCCGACGGUAACUAGGCCCAUAAUGCAGGCGCUGCUCAACAAGAUGAAGCAGCCGGGUCUGGCGGAGCAGGCUGCUGCCGCGGCUGAGGCAGAGGAAAUGGCGGCUGCUUCGGCGGUGAAGCCAAAACCCGCACCACCGCCGGUGCCCACGGUGCCUCCGAUAGUCACGCCCAGCGAUUUGCCUGGUCGUGUGGGCGCACCGCCAGCCAAGCCGCUGGCCAAGCAUCACAGCUACGAUGACAAGACGCUGUCCAAGACACAGAUACGUGAGUUUAAGACAACAUCCAAACAGCUGCGUCAGUCGAGCUCCUUUCACGAGCACAUGCUGAGCAAAUCGCAGCAAUCCUCACAGGAGCAGCCCAUCCGGAUCGACGAGGAGCGCGACGCGCACUCCACCUCCUCGGCAACUAAUACGACAACCACAACCAACACCCUUAACAGCGAGAGUACGGCGCCCAACUCGCCGCAGAUGCCACAGCGAGCCGAUAAGCUGAUUCGCUGCUCGCCCUACUAUUCCAGCAGUUUGAGUUCCGAGUCGCCACCAAAUCAACUGGUGCAGAAGCCACCGCGCAAGAGCUCAGCCGGACAGCUGGCAGCUGCUUCUACUUCUGCUGUGGCGGCCCAUGCCAUGAAGAGUCCGCCCAGCGGCAAUGAUACGGACAGUUCGCUGGAUGUACGCGGCCAGGAUGCUAAACACCAGCAGCUGCGCAGUCGUGGCUAUCGCAAGAAGCGCCAGCUGCCUGUAAAGCGGAUGCGCGCCAAUUUGAACGCUGCGGCUUUGCUGGAGCAGGCGGAGAGCAGCGAAUGCUCCGAGGGCUAUAUGCCAGAAAUGGAUUCGGGCAGCUCAGAGUACUCGUACCAGCGGGACGAACACUAUCUGGAAUUCGAUGAGGAGCUGGAGCGUGAACAAACGGAUGAAUAUGAGGAUUAUCCGCAGUAUAGCGGCGCAAGCCCCAGCAAAUUUGAGAGCCUGGACAUGAGCGACAAUGUGGAUGAAAUGGGUUUCCCACGCUACGAUCGCUUGGGACAUAUUACCAAGCCCAUGUAUCAGUCGUUGGUGGACAGGCCGGCGCCAGCAAAUCAUCCCAUGCCUCCGGCAACUGGACAGCCAGUGAAACCGGCGCGCACCAAGAAGCGACAGCUGAAACGUGAGGAUUCCCUAGCGGCCAGCACUUCGACCGCUGGUCCACAGCAACCGUAUCAUGGACGCAGCUACUGCAAUCCGGAGGAGAGCGAAUACGAGUCCCGAGAGGAUGUGGCCAACUCCAGUGAGGAUAGCGGCGGUGCUGGCGCCAUGGGCACCAUAAGGCGUGGCAGCAGUCGAGCCAUGGCGCCAGUAGAGCCGCCGAGACAACAGCAGCUGCCCUAUCCGGACUUUCUCUCGGACUACGAAACGGAGCCCAUAGAGUAUGAGCGUUAUGCGUGUGGCCUGGACAUACGAGUUGAUCCGCCACCCAAGUUCCAUGACUCGGAAGAUCAGAGCGAUCAUUAAGGGAAGUAAUAGAGGAAAAAGAAGCAGCAUUUUCCAUUUCUUCAGUAGCCUUGGAAAUUUUUAGAACAAAUCUAUGACAAUUUGUACACACGAUCCACGUAUAACCAACUUAUUUAUAAUUGAGACUGAUUUACGACAAAAACAAAAACCAAAACAAAAUACUAAAAAAAUACCAAAAGCCAAGAAAAAUAUCGUACAAUCCAAACAAAAAAAAUUACAAGCUGCUUAAGAAAACCGAAAAUACCGCGAAAGCCAAAUGGAACAUAAAUAAUAUUCAAAAUACAUAUAACCCCGACAAAGUUCGACGAAUAAAUCAAACUAACUAAAGUUUUAAUCAAAUAUAUAUUACCUUAAAAAAAAUACAAAAUCUAAACAAGUUGGUCAGGGGAUGCAAACGGUUAACAUAGCUGGACUACCCUACAUACAUAGCGUAUAUAUAUAUAUAUACAUAUAUCGAAUGUUAUAGAACAGCUGCUCCAAAAAUCAAAGUCAGAGUUGAGCAAAUUUUAAUGCACUGUUUAAUCAUCGAAUAAUACAAAAGAAACAAAAAAAAACUUACAAACAAAUAUUUAAUUGUUAUUUAGCUAAAAAAAAAUGAAAAGAAAAAUGAAAAAAUGGUUGAAGCAAGCGUUUUACGAUUAAAGUUAAACACGAUACAAUUAUUUAAUAUUAA